UGCAAUAUAUAUUUUUUGUUCCUCCAAUCUAAGUUUACAAAUUUGUAUGUGGUAAGCGAUUCCGAAUAUGUACUUGAAAAUGCAUCCAUAAGUUCGAAUGACAACUUAAAAAUACGGCAACUUUAGGGGAAAUAUAGAAAAAAGAGGCAAAACAAAAACAAUAGGUUUAUUCAUCUUUUGUCAAAAAAAAAGAAAAAAAAAAUUGUGAAUACUUUUUGAAAAUACACAAGGAAUUUAUUAAAAAUCUGAAGGAAAAAGUAUUUGAUCAGGAUCGCAUCAUACCAUUUUAAAACAAAAAAGAAGAAAGAGCAAAGAACAAAGGGUUGUAAAUUCACUGAUAUUACAGCCGAGCUAUAAGAAGCCAACGACAUAUUCCAGAUAACUUAUAAUGGUCGGUAUAAUUGAUGAUACGGACACCUGCUUACGUUACCCUGCAGGAACGCGUAUAAAAAUUGGUGAAAACAGUGGAACCGUACGCUAUGUAGGAGAGUUAUGUGGAUAUAAAGGAACUUGGUUGGGUGUUGAAUGGGACGAUCCUAAGCGUGGCAAACACAAUGGUACCGUAAACGGUAAGCAUUACUUUUAUACUAUGCAUCCGAAUGCGGGAAGUUUUAUACGACCUGAUAAGCUGGGGCCGUUUGAAUCUUUGGAGAGUGCUGCCCGAGAACGUUACUUAGGUGAUUCUGAAAAGAGCUUGGACCAGCAACUAAUACGCGAAGCCCAGGAAUCAUUGCAAGCUUCAUUGUUUGAAGUCGUUGGUCUGGAGAAAUUGGCACGGAAACAAAGUAAAUUUGAGCAGCUCACAGAAAUUAGUGUAGCUGGCUCUCCAGUUAACAAUGCCGGUUUUUUGAACGAAUUUACUGCUCUUACUGCAUUAAAUUUGAGUCAUACAUUGAUUUGGAAUUGGCAGACUAUAGCAGAAAUAUGCCGCCAAGUGCCCACUUUAGUGAAUUUAAAUUUAAGUUGUAAUCGUUUUGUUGCACCUACUGAUUCCCAAAUUGUUGAAAUGUCAUCAGCCUUCGAUAAUCUACAACUUAUUAAUUUACGUAAUUGCGGUUUUACGGAUUGGUCAGACGUAAUACAAACAGCACGCUUAUGGCCGCAUAUAAUGUCAAUAGGACUUCAAGAGAAUCCCAUCAGCGAGCUAAGCGCCGUCAAUACUAAAGAUGUUUUUAAGAACUUGAGAGAACUUGAUUUGCAUCGUACCAAAAUCAUGGACUUCGAUCAGAUAUGCAAAUUGGGAAAUCUUAAGACUUUGGUUUCAUUAAAUCUGAUGGAAAAUGGUAUUGAAGAAAUAAAGUUGCCCGAUUGCGAACCAAACACAAAGCUGGACAUGUUUAUAUCUUUGGAACAAUUAAAUAUGCUUUACAAUCCCAUUUGGAAUGAAAUGGAUGCUUUUAAUGAAUUGGACAAAUUACCGCGAUUAAAACGUUUAAGUAAGACUCCACAUUUAAAAUCGAAUUUUGAUGAAAUGCUAGUCAAGGCGGUUGGCUUGAUCACUGGUCUCGAAAUGGUUAAUAGAGCAGAAAUUUCCGCUGAAGAAAGACGUGGAGCGGAAUAUGACAUAUGGAAGAAAUACGCUUUGGACUGGCUUCAGGCUUCUAAAUUGGCCGAAUCUCUUAAGGAAUUUUAUAAAAAGCAUCGUUCGUACGCUUUAUUGAUAAAAAAAUACGGUUCGCCUGUUGAAUUUGUGCCUCGCGCAAAUAUAAAAGUAUCUAAUUUAAUAAAAAUACGUAUUUUAAACAAAAAAACUGGAGAGAUAUGGGAAAAGAAAUUUCCACGGAUGAUUACAGUGCAAACACUUCUUGGCCUGAUUGUCAAACGUUUUCAUUUAGAUUGCAUAAAUAUGGCACCUCAAUUGUGUUAUACUGAUGCCAGGCAUCCAGAACUAGUAGUACCUCUAGACAACCUCUCCAAAACGUUGGAUUUUUAUUCACUGCAAGAAAAUGACAUUGUGGAAAUUGAAUGUUAGACUAAAAGUCGUUCGUAAUUCAUUAUUUAUUUACAAAAUCAUUUUUAAGAAUUAUUUUAACCAAAUUAACCUUGUGUUAUCCAUGUCAUUUCAAAAUUUAUGU